ACACUCGGCAGUCAGUUGUCGCUGCGUCCGCUUCGCAUUCAGACGCGUCAGCAGAAGUAGUCAGUGAGGAGACAAAGUGCGGAGGACAGUGCGGACAGCGGGUCGAAGGGGAGAUGCAGUGCGGCUAGCGUAGCAUGGCCACAGCCUUCUUGUCCGGCAUCAACUGCAGUUCGCCGAGUGCCGCCGGUGUGAACGUUCUCGUGUUGGCCUCCGCGGGCGGCUCGGCGCCCGCUUCAUGCGCCUCCAGCCUCGAGCGAAGCGUCCUCGGCUCCGCAGCAGGUAUGAACAUUGUUAACGCGGCCACGGUGGCCGCGGCGGUGGCCGCCCAGCAAGGCUACGGCUCGCCAAGAGACUCGGGAGGUUCGUCCGGAUCGGGAGUGCCGACGUCGGUCGGCGGCGGCGGCGGCGAGAUGAAGUACCUGCCGCCUCAGCACCACCACCACCAUCACCACCACCCUGGCGGGCAGGCGGCCAACGGCCACCCGCUGGCCCACAACCCGUGGGCGGCGUUGCCGCCGCCCUCGGAGCACCACCACUGGGCGAUGCACCACCAGGCGAUGCAGGACGUGAAGCCGCAGCCGCCGCAGGUGCAGCAGCAGCAGGAGCUGCACCACCACCACCGGGCCGGCUCGACGGGCCCGCCGCCGCACCCUGCCCACCCUCAACACAUGGCGCCGCACCACUCGUGGCACUCGUCGGCGCACUACAUGUCGUCGGCGGCGUCCAACGGCUCGUCGCCGCUGCAGCACCCGUACAGCAUGAACGGCAUGCUGGCGGCCGCGGCGGCCGCCUCGGGGGUCGGGCCGCAACUGCACCACUCGCUCAGGGACAUGCACAACGCCAGCCCCAGCUCGAUAGGCGGGCCCGACCCGCGGCACGACCCCGAGGAGGACACGCCGACCUCGGACGACCUGGAGGCGUUCGCCAAGCAGUUCAAGCAGCGCCGCAUCAAGCUGGGCUUCACGCAGGCCGACGUCGGCCUGGCGCUCGGCACGCUCUACGGCAACGUCUUCUCGCAGACCACCAUCUGCCGGUUCGAGGCGCUGCAGCUGAGCUUCAAGAACAUGUGCAAGCUGAAGCCGCUGCUGCAGAAGUGGCUGGAGGAGGCCGACUCGACCACCGGCUCGCCGACCAGCAUCGACAAGAUCGCCGCGCAGGGCCGCAAGCGCAAGAAACGCACCAGCAUCGAGGUGAGCGUCAAGGGUGCCCUGGAGCAGCACUUCCACAAGCAGCCGAAACCGUCCGCGCAGGAGAUUUCCGCCCUGGCCGACAACCUGCAGCUCGAGAAGGAGGUGGUGCGCGUGUGGUUCUGCAACAGGCGGCAAAAGGAGAAGCGGAUGACGCCGCCCAACACCCUGGGCGGCCCCGGGCCCGACGGGCUGAUGGGCGGCGACGGCUCUCAGCAGGGGAUGCCGUCCAUGCACCACCACUACGCCGACAUGCACGGCUCGCCGCAGAUGCACACGCAGCACUCGCACAGCCCGCCCAUGUUGUCGCCCCAGCCGAUGGCCCACCAGAGCCUCGCCGCGGCCCACUAGCCCCGCGCCGCCCGCCCCGCCGCGUGGUGGGCCGCCGAGGAUGACCUGCACCAACGGGACUCGCCUCCCGUCGGUCCUCCUCCGACGGCCAUGACGCUGCACCUCUACCACCACAGGUUGCAGUAGUGUGCGUGCGGGACGGGCGCCCCCUCGGCCCUUGACCGGGUCGAGCCGAGGGCUCGGGGCCGCCCUGACCACCCCAGGGUCGGCCCCAACGAACCUAAAAAGUGAAAACGGACACUCUGAUUUUAAAAACGAGACCAACCAACUAAAAGACUCGAACGAGAGAGUUGUUAAACAGUUUUUGUGUUGUGAUCCUGCGCUGACUGGUGAUGCCCCUCGAAUAUUCAUCUCCUCUCCGAUCGAAAUAUAUACCAAAAAAAUAAUGCAAAAUGAAAAUGAAAAGUGCAGUGCAGAGCUUACGCCGCCCGCCGAGUCGUCGUCCCGCGCGGCGGCAGGCGCGGCCGCGGCGCCCGCCACGCGAGCACCGCGCUCCUCGCCAGCAGAUCAAGGUACUGAAAUGCACACUCUAGUGUUGUUUUUUCGCCCCCCUUUGACCGACAGACAAACCUGACCGCGUCGUUUUGCGCCCAACCGCCGCAAUUGGGCGCAAAACGCGAGUGAGAGCACUUUUUUCAAUAUUCAAAAACGCACACACACGCGCGUCCUGGAUUUUUUUUUCUCUAAUAUAAUUAUUAUUAUUACAUGUCGUGUGCGUGCGUCUCUUUCACUGUGAGCAGACCAACUUAAUUAGAUGCGGGACGUGUACACCAUCUGAUAUGAGAAUUAUAUACUGUCUUUAUUCUCUCAUUUCAUUUUUUUGUCAUUCCCCCAAAAACAGAUUUUGGUUUUUGUACGCCGACUGAGAAUUCAAUUGAAUAUAUACUUAAAUUAAAUAAUAACAAAAAAAAUUAUAUAGUCCAUCCUGGAAUUUCAUUCACGCACCUGAGAAAAUGUGUACGGAGGCAGGAGAAUUAUGCCGCGAAAGAUAUGAAAUUAAUUUCCACGAUUCACUGAUCCCCCGGGGCCGAUUUAAUUAUUAGAGUUCAGCACUCCCCCGCGCCGCGGGCCGAAAAAGCGGGCGUUUCGUUUUCUCCGCACUUUCUAGGCAUAAUUUGCCUGUUUUUCGUUUCUUGUCGUGGUGUACUUUUGAUAGGAUUUUCACCUGUUUAUUGAGAAAUUAUUCGUUAUAUUGUUAAUGAAAAUAUUGAUCUCAUAUGUCAUUUAAUUAAUUAACUGAGCAGUAAAGAUUGAGAGCUAUGUCGCAAACGAAUCGAAAAUUGCACUCACUGAGAUGAUUUCUGGGGCCGCCGGCGCCUUUUGUGCCUCGGAUGCAGUAUUUUUGGCCUUUCCCGUUCAGUUCACGCACGAGUCGCGAAAAGUAAAAGAAAAAAAUAAUCAUCGGUGCACAAAACGCGCGGGGCCCCGCAUUUCGAGGACAGAAAAACUAUGUGUAAAUAUUUUAUCAGUUUUGUAUAUACGCAAUCCCCUUAAUUAACACGAAAAUCGAAACAUUUACAAAUUGUGGCCUCCUUUUUUGAGAGACGGAUAAUGUUUACUCCCCCCUUAAGAUUAUGGAGAAGACGAAGAUUAUACCAAGAGUCCAAUGUUUAUAUUUAAAUGGCACCGCAACAGUGCUGAUUGUGUGAAAAAUAAUUAAAAAUAAAAUUCAGAUAAUGAUUUAAAAUAAAA